CCAACAUCCGCGUCCCCGUUGUUUUUCUGCCCCGAGCCAGUCUUUGCCGAAUUUGCGCAGGCUUCGGUCAUACUCUUGCAUUUCGAACCGUGGUUCCGCCACCGCCGCGCGCACCCGCCGAUCGCCACACGAGUUGUGACCGGCCCCUCUCCAUUCCCUUUGCUUACCUACUCCGGGGCGGCGGCGGCCUAGGCGUCCCAGGGGGGGAGACUGCUGGCUAGUUGGCUUGGUUGGCUGUUGUGUGUGAGAGUUGCGUGCCGCUGACCGAACGGGCUGGGCUGCCGCAUAACCCGGCACGGUACGGUAAAUGAUGGACAGCCCGAUGGAUGGGUCCGGCGGCUCGUCCUCGGCGCCGGGUUCGACGCCGACGGCUACGGCGACGACGCCUCACAGUGGUGUUGGGGUGACUGCUGCCGGUGGUACACAUACCACCACCAAGUCGCCUAGCGUUGCGAUGCCGUUGGGGAGUAUUUCUGCGGCGAGCAGCAGCGUUGGUGGUUCGUCUACGACGAGUACGACCGUCUCGGCUUCGGGUGCUGGGAGGGGGAGCACGCCUGGUGGUACUACUACAACUACUCCUGGUGCUGCUACGGCGAAUACUGGCGCGACUGUUGUCUCGAGACGGUCGCAUCCCAAGUCGAGGACGGGGUGUAGGACGUGUAAGAACCGAAAGAUUAAAUGCGAUGAACACAAACCCUCAUGUAGGAACUGCAUCAAACAUGCCGUCCCCUGCGACUUCCUCCAGUCCCAACGGCACUCCUCCUCAUCCGUCCCGUGCUCGCCUGGCAGCCUCUCGACCCCGGGAGGGCCCGUCAACGGCGACGGCAUCGGGGCCGGAGCCGGUGGUGGUGGCCUCAGCCUCGGCAAUGGCGGAGGCAUCGACGACCUCUCCCUCAACCUCAUCGACCUGGAACUCAUGCACAACUUCACCACCUUCGCCUUCAACACGCUCUCGACGGACCCCGUGGUGCGGCAGAUGUGGAAGGUGCCCGUCGUCCGGCUGGCGCUCGAGUGCGACUACGUCAUGCGCGCGCUGCUGAGCGUGUCGGCGCUGCACCUCGCGCACAACAGGCCCGAGAGGCGGGAUUUCUUCAUCAGUCGGGCCCUGACGUAUCACCAGAUGGCGAGCCGUACGGCCAUGGGGUUGAUGGGUGCGCUGGACGGGGAGAAUUGUGAAAAGUUGUAUCUGUUUUCGGUGUUGACCAUAUUUUUUGCCCUCGCCUGCCCACGCAAAUCCUCAGACUCCCUCAUCAUGGGCGAAUCCUCCUUCCCAGACUGGCUCUUCCUCCUCCGCGGCACCCGCUCCCUCCUCAAAGAACUCGACCCGCACACCUACGCCGGCCCGCUGACACCAAUGUUCAACCACGGCCGCGAGCGCUACAUGCACACCCGCGACGAGUCCAAGAUCCAGUCCGACCUCCUCGCGGACCUCCAGCGCCUCGUGAACAAAACCUGCGCCGACGCCGCGCUGCUGCCGAUCUACAACCGCGCCAUCGACGAGCUGCGGCGGACGCUGAGCGUGUUUCUGUGGGACGGCGGGAGGGGCAUGGAUAUCACGGAUGCGUUUGUGUGGAAGUAUCUCAUGGCGGAGGAUUUCUUGCCGCUGUUAAAGAGUCCCGGGCACACGCAGGAGGCUGUGGCGAUUUUUUCGCAUUUUUGUAUUUUGCUAAAGAGGUUGGAGAAUGAGUGGUGGCUUCAGGGGUGGGCUACGCAUUUGAUCUCGAGGGCAUGGGCUGUGCUGGAUCAGGAUCAUCGGCUUUGGAUUCAGUGGCCUAUUGAGGAGCUUGGGUGGGUGCCGCCUUGAUUGUUGUGGGAGGAUGCGGUGUUGGAGGAUUUCGUGUAUUGGAGGAUUGAGUCCUUUCGUGUUUGAUGUGUGUACGAUAUCACGUUGGCGGAGCGAUGCGAGGUCAUUUUGGUAGAUAAACUAUCGGAUGUCGUUACAUGUAUCUGAUCUUCAGAAGGUAUGGGUUCUUACUGAUAGGGUGCUCUCAACAGAUGGAUGUACUGAAGCGG